CUCACCGGAUGUGACGUCGUCCAUUCUCAGCUCAACAUCAGCAGCAGCGACACCGGCCGGGACGAGCUAAGCUAAACUAAGCUAGCCUGAAACAAGUGCCCUGUCCUGAACAUGUCGAACCCGAUACCGGCAGACAAGCCUUCAAACCCCGACAACCCGCGUGUCUUCUUCGAUGUAGACGUCGGUGGAGAGAAAGCUGGACGGAUAGUUCUGGAGCUGUUUGCUGACAUCACCCCCAAGACUGCUGAGAACUUCCGGGCACUCUGCACUGGAGAGAAAGGCACCGGCAAAUCCACCGGCAAACCUCUGCACUUCAAGGGAUGCCCGUUCCACAGAAUCAUCAAGAAGUUCAUGAUCCAAGGAGGGGACUUCUCCAACCAUAAUGGCACCGGGGGUGAGAGCAUCUAUGGGGAGAAGUUUGAGGAUGAGAACUUCCACUACAAGCAUGACAAAGUGGGUCUGCUCAGCAUGGCCAACGCCGGACCAAACACCAACGGCUCACAGUUCUUCAUCACUACUGUCCCCACUCCACACCUAGAUGGCAAGCAUGUAGUCUUUGGUCAAGUGUUAAAAGGGAUGGGAAUCAUAAAAAUGCUGGAGGCCAUUGACACCAACGAGGACGUCCCUGUAAAGCCGUGCGCCAUAGCUGACUGUGGUGAGCAUAAGGACGAGGACAGCUGGGGCAGUGGACCAAGCGAUGGAACAGGGGACGCCCACCCAGACUUCCCCGAGGACUCCGACGUCGACUUUAAAGAUGUCGACAAAGUUCUGUCUGUUGCUGAGGAUGUGAAGAACAUUGGAAACAGUCUGUUCAAGAGUCAAGACUGGAAAGCUGCAGUUAGCAAAUAUAGCAAAGCCCUCAGGUACUUGGAGGUGAGUGGAGAGCUGCUGGAGGAGGAGGCGCAGCAGAAGCUGGAGCCCACAGCCAUCAGCUGCUUCCUCAACACAGCUGCAUGUAACCUGAAGAUGCAGCUGUGGCAGGACGCCAUGGACAGCUGCAAUGAGGCUCUAGAGCUGGACCAAGCCAAUACUAAGGCACUUUUCCGGAGGGCCCAGGCCUGGCAGGGGUUAAAGGAAAACAGCAAAGCCAUGAUUGAUCUGAAGAAAGCUCAGGGAAUAGCUCCAGAAGACAAAGCUAUCGGCAACGAGCUGAAGAGGGUGCAGAUCAAGAUCCAGGAGGAGAAGGAGAAAGAAAAGAAAAUCUAUGCCAAAAUGUUUGCGUGAACACUUCACCCAACGAUGCAAUGAAUUCCUGUUUAGUAACGUUUAUCGAUAUUUGAAGUCAUCUCUACGUGGGAGGCCGCACCCAAGAUAAGAAGUCUGUAACCAGGUGAAAAUGUACAGCAUUUUCAGUUUGCAGGUCCUUUUCCUGUUUUUCAAGCGGGCACAUCUCUCACUGUUUGUGUUGUUUUAAGGGAAUAACUGUUGUAAGCUUUGACCUGUCUUAAUUCUGACAAGCGUCUUUCACUGUAAUGAAUAUUUUUGAGCGUUGGUCUGAUGCAUGGCUGACUCCACUGCUCAACACUGGUCCUUUUUUGCUCUGGGGUUUUGAAGUAGUUCAGCAAAGCAAAAGUCGUGUCUGUUGUAUCGUUUCAUUGUAGGGAUUUUGAUACCGUGCCCUCGGCCACUACAUCAAUCUGUUUUUUAUUUAUGUUUUUUACAGCAGUCAAUAAAAACAAAAAGGAUACCCUUCAAGAGUUCUUUAUUCAUUACUGUGAUGUUAUCAUCUAAUGAUUUUAUGUACAAUACAGUGUGGAUGGAAUGCUGUCCGUAUAUACACCUGGAAUAAAUGCUGAUAUCAACCUCAA